CCUCUUUACACCCGCCUACCGCUUCAUGUUGUUUUUAACCCUCUGCGCUAUGUACAUCUAUGAUCACAUCCCAUUGUGAAGGAAGCAUAGCCUACUUAAAAAAACCCGCUAAUAAACUGGCUACCUCAAAAAUGAAUCUGUUGUAUUUACCAUUUUGAAUUAUACGUCUGUACCGGAGAGCUGGUGAAGAUGGGCUGCUGCUCGGGGAGGAGUGUGUUGAUGUUCUUCUGCGCUCUUCAGCUGAUCACUGCUGUGGAGAGACAGGUGUUUGACUUUCUAGGUUACCAGUGGGCGCCCAUCCUUGUCAACUUCCUGCACAUCAUUGUGGUGAUAUUGGGCUUGUUUGGGACAGUCCAGUAUAAGCCCCGCUAUGUCGUUUUGUAUAUAGUCUGGAUUGUAUUUUGGGUGACUUGGAAUGUCUUCAUCUGUUGCCUUUAUCUGGAUCUUGGAGGGCUUUCAAAGGACAGUGAUUAUCUGUCACUGGGACUUUCGUCUCAUCGCUCAUGGUGGAAGGACAACGGUCCAGGCUGUGAGAGCAGAAACCUCCCCACCACUAGAUGGCAGCAUCUGGAAAGUCCUGCUCGGGUCUCUGAGCUGGGCUGUGUAUUAGAGUAUCAGUACAUCGAAGUUAUGCACAGCUUCCUGCAACUGUUCAUUUCUGCCCUGGGAUUUGUAUUUGCCUGCUAUGUUGUCAACAUCUUCAGUGAAGAGGAAGACACAUGUUUAUUUGUAUAAGUGACAGUGUCCAGAUCUCAUCAACAUCUUUUUCUCAGAGAGAAAAGAAACAUUGAAAAUGGAAAUAGAUGGAAGAUAGGGACAUUAACCAUUCUCAGAAUGGACCAGAUUGGAUGGAACAGAUAUGUUUAAACAUAACAGUACACAAAAUGUAAAAAAUAAUAAUAAGAGUGAUGUGAAUAUGAACAUGAAAAUUCAAAGGUAUGUGUAUGUGUGUUUUAUUAUUAUUAUUUUGCCUAAUGACACAUUGAACUCAACAGAUGAACAAGAAGCAAUUCACAAGGCAUCUAUUCAUCCAAAGCCAAAGGACACAGCAAUGAACCUGCUUUUAUGAAUACAUAUUUCUUUUCUUUUCAGGAGAUAUGAUUCUUAUGCAAAACAGUUUUACUUACCAUUCUAAUUUUACUGUUCAAAUUUUCCCAGUUAGAAAACAGAAAUGUUUUAACACAUAUGAAAAAUCAAACCUAAUUUUGUAAAUUUAAAUAAAAAAGCAUUUACUUAAUUAUAAAUUCU